ACAAGUCUACACCUUAAAUUGUUCAUUUUAAUGAAGCCUGGGGCCGGGGAGUGACUGUGGGGGGACAGGAGAAACAGUGUAACGUAACGUUUUCAUUCACACUUUCUCCAGAAAUGCCGACGUCUCCUGUUAAAACGCGGAUCCCCCUCACCAGCUUUGGUCAUCUGAUAACAGAGGUGAAGAGACAGCUGCUUGGCAUUGAGGCCCCAGCUUCUGUGGAACUGACUGGUUGGAGGAAAUACUUUAAUAGCUACACUCUGCAGGGUCGUCGAAAUUGUGUCUUGGCUACUUAUGGGAUCUUGGCUGUAACAGCAGCUGCCUACUUCAUGCACAGGCAAAACAAAAAAGAAACGCCCAGUUCCACGGCCUGAAAGAUCAGAGCUCACUCAGUGAUGUUUAUAUUCGCUGAGCAUUAUUUAUGAUGAUGUGAAGAAACAAAAGGAAAUUAUGUGACACUACCUCAGAGAGUGAGAAAGUUGACAGCUGUACCUUUUCUAAAUAAAGGAUAUGUGAUAUA